AUGGGGAAUUACAUGUUUGUUAUUGGAGAAAGUGUGCUGUGGCUACAGGAGCUUAGCUUUCGAAUUCUUCCAAAGGACGUUAAUCGUUUGCUGGAGUCUGUUCACGAUCUCGAGUCGUUCUUAAAGGCUUUUAACAUUAGCGAUAUCACAACCAUUGUUGACCGCCCCGUCAUUACGGCGUCUGGUCGUCCAGCACUUGAUAGUAGCUCAGGGGGAAAAGAUUUCAAGGGAAAGGCGUUGUACCUAAGCGAGGCGAUUUGCAAGCCAUACCCAACGAUUGUACAAGUCCCUAUUCCUGAUCGAGAUAAAGGAUUUAUUAGUGAACCACACUAUGUUCGAGUAGUGCAUCGAUGUGCUGGUUCUUGUGGUGGACAACACUUGUGCAAAACAUGCGAGGCUACAGUUUUCGAACCGAUUCUUCCAAAGGACGUUAACCAUUUGCUGGAGUCUGUUCACGAUCUCGAGUCGUUCUUGARGGCUUUUAACAUUAGCAAUAUAACAACCAUUGUUGACCGCCCUGYCAUUACGGCGUCUGGUCGUCCAGCACUUGAUAGUAGCUCAGGGGGAAAAUAUCCCAAGGUAGAGCCGGUGUGGCAUCUUGACGAUGCGACGUGCAAGCCAUACCCAACGAUUGUAAAAGUCCCCUAUCCUGAUCAAGAUAAAGGAUUUAUUCGUAAUCCAUACUACGUCGAAUUGCAUCGAUGUGCUGGUUCUUGUGGUGGACAACAAUUGUACAAAACAUGCGAACCUACAGAAAGGCAAAAUAUUACUGUCUUGGCAUUUGUCAUGAGAUGGUCUUUAUCGGGCCAAUCCGUGAAACCUUUCCCGCGUUACAUCAAUAUGAAGAACCAUACUAAAUGCGCCUGCAAUUGUGUAGCAAAUCCAUCAUCGUGUAAUCCUGCGAUACAGCGAUUUUCACAGGAAAAUUGCAGAUGCGAGUGCAAGUCGCUAACCAAAAAGUGCCCCAAGAAUAAGAUGUGGCAUCCCAUUGAUUGCAAAUGUGUUUGAAAUGCUCCAUCAAAUGUUCAUUGUCGGGAAGGACAUGAAUGGAAUCAACAGAAAUGUUCGUGUGUAAGCAUUCAAAAUGGAAAUUACAGGAAAGAACCCUCACUCAAUUGAGAUGAGUCUAUUUAACCAAUUUAUUUAUCUUACGAUAUUCUAGAAUUCAGUAGAUAUAUUGACCCCUGGGAUAAGACAAUUGGUCUACAUAGCCCAGUUAUUAUGGUUAGGUCAAGACCAGGUGGGAACGUAUACCCAACGCCCAAUUCUACGCUGUUUUCGUUGUUUUCCCUGGAAAAUUUAAAUGUYAACAGAAGUCUCUAUAAAUCAUAUUGUAGUCUUUCUUAUUCAUCGACAACGAUUAAAGUGAAAACAGCGAUAGAAAUAAAAAGAAUCCCAUCUGUCGUUCUUGUCAGUUUUUUCGCUAUAACCAAAAGUUAAAAUGCGGGGCUUACGACUUUGACUGAAGUCUGCUGUCGCCUUUAAAUGCCCAGUGUGCACCAUGCUUUUGGGGUCGCGAGGCGGGCAUUUUCAGUUUACCGAAGAAAGUCUAAAAUUUGUGCGUGUGUUUCGAAUCUUUGAC